ACAGGGUGAGCUCUGACUCCGGGAAGGAACAAGAGGAUCGCCUUUUGUUCGUGAUUACAUCCUGAGUAACCAGAGCUUGAAAAUGGAGCUGGGGAGACCCUUCAGUGAGCACCCCAAGGAAAUGUGGAGGGGCUUUACACUCAGAAAGCUGAGGGUUUAAAAGAAGCAAAACUAGAACGUUUUGUACUGUAAAUGGAAAAGACUCAAAGUACACUGGGUAGAACAGAAGACAGAGAAAACUUAAACCCCUCCCACUGCCUCCUGAGGGGCAGUUUCAGGCAUUGGGUGAUGCCCAGAUGAUACUCAGCCACAUUUCCUGCCCUGGCAGCCCUGCUGCUCUUGCAGUGCAGAGGCUGUGCCUUCCUGAGUGCACGAUGGUUGUGUGGUUGUGUUUUCCAGCAUGGCUGGGUGUGCUCAGUUACCCAUUGGGACUCCACUGCCCAGCGUGGGGCUUGUUCUGCCCAGCUCCUGCCCAGCUCCUUCCUCCCCUCACUGGCAUCACUGCUGGGAAAGGCUGCACCUGAGCUGCCCCCUCAGCUUCCCUCCUCCCCCUCCUCUUGCAGAACAAAUAGGAUGCUGUUUAUUUUUUAUGUAAACAAGCAAAUUGUUCAGAGUCCAUUCAAAUGAAAGGGAAACUUGGGCCGGCAGCGGGGCUUUCCAGCAAUCCAGCAAUCAGUUUUUCAUCAACUAAUGUCUGCACAUCAGUUUCCCUUUCCAAAAGAAGAAACAUCAAAAGGUCUCCAGGGAGUUAUGAAUCAUCUGGCUUCCACAAACAUGGCUUGAAAACUUGAGAAAGGGGAAGCAGAGCAUCCUAGACCAGAUCUUCUGCCAGACAAGCAAGCACAGUUCAGCAGAAGCUUCACAAGGGGAAGAGAACAUCAACAAAGCUGUGGAGAAAGGAAAGAUGGUUUAGGGGAUCAGCAGGAGGGCUGGAGGAGUUCAUUACAGCUCAGAGAGACACUGAGUCCCUGGGCUGAGCACAUGCAGGGAGGAAUGUGGGACCUGUUUAGAAACACUUUUCUGUAGUCUUCGGGUGGCUGCACAGUGUGGGUGACCUCACACCAGCUGCUCCCGGGCCAAGUUGUGCUUCUGAGCCGUAGGGACUCCAUCUCCCCAUGGCAGCUGAGCCAGCACAGCAGCUACACAGGCCUGAGUUCAUGUUUUAAUAGUUUCUGCUGGGCUGGGAAGAGCCUCAUCAUACCUCCCUGGGCUCCUUGAGCAGGAGAGGUGUCCAGGUGAAGCUGGGGGUCAGGAGACAUGGGAAUGACCAGAGCAGUUCUCAGCAGUGGGUGGUUUUCCCCCAAGUCUUUUAAAAGGCACCCAGGGAUGAUGCAGUCCCAGGCACAAUGUCCUGCUCCAGAGGGUGGCUGGGGGGUGCCAGGUGACCCCCUGAGUAGCUCACAGAGGGUGAGGGGGGACUGUGGUGCCCUGCAUCUACUUAGAGCCUGGUUAGAAAGAGGGAGUAACAAAAAGAGUGUCAGAGCAGGGGCUGAGCAUGACUGACAAAGACCUGCAGAAGGUGUGAUGAAGGGGGAGUCCAGCAACGGGGGAAGAAGCUGUCCCCCAGGUUAACACAGAGAUCUGGGAUGCUUCAAGGCUGUGGAAGAUGGAAGAUGAAAGACAUCCAAAAGCUUGGAACACCUGGUUUUUCAUCCAUUCCCCUCAGCCAGAUGCUGACUCCUGCCCUGUCCUGAAUCCAGGGGCUAAGCCAGUCUCAUCCACAAGGAAGAGCUCAACUACACCUCCUUCUCUUUUCACCCCACACUUCCCAGCUAUGAACAGGGAUUUUUGUUCCUCUCCAUAGUAACAGCGUGGAACGUGAUACAAUUUCUGCCAAUAUUUGACAACUUGCAGCUGUCCAGCCACAGAGGGCUGGUGGCAGCAGCAGUCACCGUGUUUCUGCUUAAUGCUUUCCAGGAAUUCACAUGCCACCCAGCCAUCUCCAGCACAUUUGUGUUGGCUCUGGGGCUGGAAAGGGACUUUGCAUGCAGCGCCGAGCUUUGUCUUUCCUAUCUCCACGAAACCUCUCUCUGAGUGCUUGGGAGCUCUUGAGUUGACACCUCUGCAGAGGAAGAUUUCACUUCCCUCGUGGCUGUCCCUGUCUGGGUGAACACAGAAGUUGUCAAAGUUCGCUGUCUUUCCAGGUAUUGUCCCAGACCAUAACCCCGAUGAUCCCACGUGACAUGGAAAUCCCCAGGGGCAAGGAUAAGGGUAGACCUUUUCCUUGAAUUUGUUACAUGUUAUUCGGAAAAGGGCUAAUGAGGGGAGGGCUGGAGAGGAUAAAUGGCAGCUCCUCCUUGCCUGAGCUCACAGCUCAGCUCCUCUGAAGAGGCAGAGCAGUACCCGGAGAGGAAGAGCCUUCCCACAGCCACCAUGUUCCCUGCAAGGACAGUCCUGCUGCUCGUGAUGCUCCUCACCCUCUCCCCACACUCCAGUGCAGCCCCUUAUUCUCCAUCUGAGUGCUGCUUCCAUUAUGUAAAGGGUGCUCUCCGGCUGGCAAACCUGAAGGAUUGCUAUUCAACUUCCAGGGAGUGUUUUUUCCCAGCAAUUGUGUUUAAGACCAAGAAUGGGACCAAGGUCUGCGCAAACCCAGAGGAGCCCUGGGUGCAGAGAGCAGUUGGGAAGCUCCAGAAGAGGAAAGAACUUCGUGCCCCAUGAUGUAGAGUGGGUGUCCUGGUUAAGGCUACCCAACAUCCUGGUGGGAAGGAGGGUCUAUAACCAUCCUCCCAGAAGGGAAUGCAGAGGUCCUGGCUGCUGGUGGGGGACACUGGCUCCCCAGAGCUCUGAGCUGUGUCCACCAGCCAGGCACCAGCCCCUGGAAUGCUGCUGGUCCUGCCAGCACCUGCCUGCUGAUCACAGCCACAAAAUAAAGUUUAGUUCAUGUGA